AUGUGCCGCAGUGAUGGAGUCCCAGGCCUCCUGGGCAGGUGGGCCACCCACCGCCGGGACCGACGUGUCAGGGAUUAUGGGCUUGCUGAUGGCAAUGUUCUUCACCUAGUUGUCCGGUUGGCUGAUCUCCGUGCGAUAACGAUUGAGAUUGCCAACGGGAAGAAGUUUAAGUUCCAGGUGGAGAGUGGCCGCAAUGUUGGGUACCUCAAGAACAAGAUUGCUGCUGAGACUGGGGAGAAAAUCGAGAGCCUAAAGGAUCAAAGGCUUGUACUUGGUGAUGAGGAGCUCGAGGAUCACCAGUUGAUCACUGAUAUUGCGAAGAAGGAUGAUGUAGUGAUUCACAUGUUUAUCCGUGAUCCAGCAAAGGUGCGAACAAAAAAUAUUGAUAAAGAAACUGUGGUUACAGUUGUUACCACUGAAGAUGAAGGAAACAUCCACACAGAUGCUGCCUUGAACAAUAUAGAACUAGCUAAUCAUGGAAGUGCUCCCGUUAAGCUAAUUGUCGUUAACAGAAAUGUGAAGCAUUCUCCUGCCAUUAUGGACAUGAUCGGCACAACAAUUGCUGGUCUGGAAAAUGGAUACCUUCCUGUCAUGUCAGCAGAGGGUUCAGGGGGAGUCUAUUUUAUGAAGGAUCAGUCAGGUGAAAGAAAUAUUGCAAUGUUCAAGCCUAUAGAUGAGGAACCCAUGGCAGAGAACAACCCCAGGGGCCUUCCUUUGUCAGUUGAUGGUGAGGGGUUGAAAAGGGGCACACGAGUCGGGGAAGGCGCACUAAGAGAGGUAGCGGCUUAUCUUCUGGACCAUCCAACUGAUGGGUGCAGAUCCCACGAUGGUACCGGAUUUUCUGGCGUACCUCCCACUGCAUUGGUUCGUUCUUUUCAUAUGGGGAAGGAACUUAAAAUUGGAUCAUUGCAGAUGUUUGUGGAGAAUCAGGGAAGUUGUGAGGAUAUGGGCCCUCGAGCUUUUUCUGUCAAGGAGGUUCAGAAAAUUGCCGUGUUAGAUAUUAGGUUAGCGAAUGCUGAUCGUCAUGCAGGGAACAUACUAGUGUGCUAAGAUGGAGAUCACAUGAAGUUGGUUCCAAUUGAUCAUGGAUACUGCCUCCCAGAGAAGGUACAUUUUUUCCUCAAGCAUGCAGUUGGGAGUCUGUCAGAUGCUGAGAUUGCACGGCUUAAUUAAUGGGCAUUAGGUCUUCGUGUUCUUUCCUUAUUGCCAUUGCCAUCGCAACAGCGUUGCUCUUCUCUGCAUGAACACCCUCAGUUGAUCAUAGAAGUACUAUUUAUGAUGAAACAAUUCCAGUCU